ACCUGAUAAUUGUGCAAGUGCUUGUGCGAACUGCCGUAUCUCUGUAGUGUAGUGAUAUAUUGUGAUAUUGUGAUUAAGAAUUGGCGUAUAAUCAAAACAUGUUCUAUUUUUAAAAAUCGUGUCCAAAUACUGUCUAACAUGGUGCAUAUCCAUGGCUCUUUGAGCGACGAUUCGGCGUUGAGAUAUUCGUCACAUUAUAUACACGAAUUGCCGCAAGAAGACGAAGAAAGGUUGGGGAAAUUGUUUAAAACCUUGGACAAAGAUGGAAAUGGGAAAAUUGACAUACACGAUCUAUCUGUAGCCUUGAAAGAGUUCGGCGUUCAUCAUCAUUAUGCAGAGAAAUUUCUGCAACAGUCAGACAAAAGUAAAACUGGAGACGUGUGUCUUGCAGAGUUCAUUCACUAUGUACGCGAACACGAAAAAAACCUUAAACUGCAAUUUUCGCACUUGGAUAAAAAUAAAGAUGGUAUGGUGGAUGUUGAUGAGUUGAUAAGCGCUUUCAAAGAUCUUGGGAUCGAUAUGGAUACACACGAAGCCAUGAAUUUAGUGCAAAGAAUGGAUCAAGACGGAAGCUUAAAUAUUAGUUACGAUGAAUGGAGAGAUUAUUUACUUUUAGCUCCAGCUCAUGAUAUUCAUCAGCUUAUUGACUUCUGGAGACACAGCACGUAUUUGGAUAUCGGUGAGGACCUCAACGUGCCGGACGAUUUCACACAAUCGGAGAUGCAGACGGGGAAAUGGUGGCGGCACCUCGUUGCUGGCGGAGUCGCCGGCGCCGUGUCCAGGACGUGCACCGCUCCCCUGGACAGGAUAAAAGUAUUCCUUCAGGUUCAAACACAGCAGCUUCGAAUAAUGGAUUGCUAUCGAUGCAUGAUGAAGGAAGGAGGUAUGACCGGGCUGUGGAGAGGAAAUGGUAUAAAUGUUCUCAAAAUUGCACCGGAAUCUGCAAUCAAAUUCGCAGCAUACGAAAAGGUGAAACGUAUUUUACGCGGUGAGGGCAACAGCACGCGAGUUAUGGGCAUUGGAGAGCGAUUUGUUGCAGGAGCGACAGCAGGUUGCAUCAGCCAGACUGCUAUUUAUCCUUUAGAGGUUUUAAAAACGCGGCUGGCGCUCCGAACAACGGGACAAUAUGCGGGAAUCGUAGAUGCCGCCAAGAAAAUAUUCGCCAGGGAAGGACUCAAAAGUUUCUAUAGGGGGUAUGUUCCAAAUAUGUUAGGAAUAAUUCCAUAUGCGGGAAUUGACUUGGCGGUUUACGAGACACUAAAAAAGAAAUACCUUAAGACUCAUUCAUUAAAUGAAGAACCUAACUUUUGGUUACUAUUAGCAUGUGGGUCAGCUUCUUGUACACUAGGACAAGUUUGUUCAUAUCCACUAGCUUUGGUUAGGACGAGGCUACAAGCACAAGGUAAAUACAAAAUUGAUUUUUCUUAUUAUGUUUUUACUUUUAUCAUGUUUAUGAUUUGUUUGAUCACUUUAGUAACGCCUACUCCUGAAUCUGGCACAAUGUCGGGGAUGGUUAAAACAAUACUUCAGAAAGAGGGUCCGCUUGGCCUGUAUCGAGGUAUCACGCCAAAUUUCAUAAAAGUGAUGCCGGCUGUGUCCAUCAGUUAUGUGGUAUAUGAAUACUCCAGUCGAGCCUUAGGUGUCAACAUGACAUAAUGGAUCUUUUCAUGACUGUAGGACAAUUUCUUUUUAAUCAUAAUCUGCACUUGUACAGAAGAAAAUUUAUUUAUUUGUUUAUAUCAUACUAAGUUAUUCGCUCGAUUAAUCAUGCACAUAAUAAUUUAUUUCUAGUUUAUUUGUAUUAUAUAUUUGUACGUUUAGCAUAUAUUUUAUUAGGCAAAACUGUUUUUAUAUUUAUUGAUAUAUUUGUGUUAUCUAAUAAGUAUAACAAUUCUCAAGUAAAUCGAAAUAUUGCAUCUUAUUUUAAAUGAAAGAUCGAUAUGUACCUAAUGUUGCAUGACAUUUUAAAUAUUCCUAAAAUUUGCAUACACAGCCAAGUACAUUUCAGACAUUUAUCAAACUGGUGCUAAAUUGUCUGGUUGUACCUAAUUGCUAAGGCUAAGGCACAAAUAUACCAAUUAAAUCUAAUUUGAAAUUAAUUUUUAGGCAUAUUGAAAUUUACGAAUCGAAAUUUAUAUUAUAACUUAAAAAUUUAACAAAAUGCUCUUCUAUUGUUCAUUCUAAAUGGACGGUGCUAGGUAUAAUGAACUAGAAAUGAAAAUUUUAUCUUAUACAAAGACAUAUACAUAUAUAAAUAUAUUUUUCAUCUAGUUGUGGUAAAGUGUCCAUGUUUUUACUUCCUGAAAAAGAGUGAAUCGUCAUGAGUAUCGAACUUGUUUAGGGUCAAACCUCUCUUUUACAGAAUAUUAACUUAAAUGCAACUUAAUUUUUUAUAGAAUGAUUAUUUGAAUGCAGUAUGAAUGUUAUUUAUAUGAUUCUAUAUUAGAAUCUUUAUUGUAUGUUUCUGAUAAAUGUUUUUUACUUUGUAAACAAAAGUGGUGCUUAAGUUUUCUUUAUUUUAAGUAGUUUUUUUUUAAAUAUCUAUACUUAUAAUAAUUAUAGGCAAUUUUAUAAUCUGUAUAGAGGUAAUUCUUAGUUUAUAUUGUAAGCAAAUAUUUUGAUAUGUUUGCAAUAUAAUUUAGUUUUGUGAAAGACGAGGUGGAAAUUGGCAAUUGUACGUAUUAGAACUAGUCUUAUGUGACAAUAGGCGAAUAGAAUGUAGUCUGGUUUCUAACAUUCCAUUUCUGAACUGUUUUUUUUGGUUUAAACAGUUAUCAUUGAUCGGAAUUUGCAAUAUUUUGCCAAAAAAGAAUUUGUAAACAAGGAUAUUGUAUGUAACAUGGACUGAAACUCAUGACCCAGUGAUAACUACUAUAAUGUAAUUAGAUAGCAAAUAAUAAUUAAUAUGAAUUCUUUCAAAUAUAAAACAUUUAUGCAUUUUUUCAUGAUUUAUUCAACCGUACCUAGG